CUCUGAUAAUUUAUACACAGAUAGACAGCUUGAGCCGGCUCUCUCUCUUACGUAUCACAACAAAGCGAAGCUGUGUGUUCUAAGAAACCAAGGAAAACUUGAAGAUCUCAUCAUCAACAAGAAGCAGACGAUCGAAGAAUGAGUUACUACAACCAGCAACAGCCUCCUGUUGGUGUUCCUCCUCCUCAAGGUUAUCCACCAGAAGGAUAUCCGAAGGACGCGUAUCCUCCACCGGGUUAUCCGCCACAAGGAUAUCCACCACAACCGUAUCCUGCUCAAGGUUAUCCACCUCCGUAUGCUCCGCAGUACGCACAACCUCCUCCUCAACAACAGAGCAGCUCCAAAGGCUGCUUGGAAGGCUGUUUGGCUGUGCUGUGCUGUUGCUUCCUCCUGGACGUAUGCUUCUGACAAGGGCUUUGGGGCCUGUCGACCUUGGUGAUAUAUUGAAUUUGAAUCCUUUUAUUGGAUUAUCAAAUGAUAUGAUUUACUGUUGCAUUGAUAUUUCUGUCCAGCUUUCAGUUUCUACCUUCUACUGUUUUCAUGCACUAAUAAUUUAGACCUCUGUUUGGAAGUGACCUCUAGUAAAUACUUCAUACAAUAUGUGUUGAACUUGAACUUCCUGGCCGUGAUUGUUGAGUACGCUUUCGGGUACAUACAUAAAUUGUGUGAGAUCCUGGUCUCUCUUUUAUA